CUUUGCUUUCCUUCAGUUCGGUUAGUUCGUGAGGCGCUGUCCGUUCCGGAUUUCGUCGAAAGUUCGGUGGGUUUCCGGUCGUUUUGCCCAUUCUUGGGUAGGGAUAAGGGUGAGUGUGCAUCCGGUGCGUUCGGAUACCAUGAGUAACCACCGGGAAAGCUGGUGCGACCGUGCUGUUAGUUUUGUGGAAUUGUGUUGAGCAACAAAAAAGUGAUGGGGAAAAAAGUGGCGUGAGAUUGUGUGUGCUGGAAAAACAGAAAGCAUUUCCUCGUUGGAUUUGGGAGCGCAUUUUUUACGUGACCUUUUGGUUUAAGGGAAUUGGUCAUUUAACACCAACCGGAAGUCAACCACAAGUAGUUUGUGCUUAUGUUGUUUUCCAGACGAACAAACGGAAGGCUUGCAGUGAAGAAGAGUUUUUUUUUGUUGCUUGAAGCACACGCAACACGGGGAAAUCCAGGAUAGCCGAAAUUUCCCCCUAUGCUCAUUAGCUAUGCUGCCUUUGGUUAUGCCGUGCCGUGCCUGUGAAAACGAUGAUUUCCAUACUGGUGUGGAGACCACUAAAUAAAGAAGAGCCCAACAAAAAUUCUCACGCUCACAUCUUGCCCGUGUAAGAGAUUGCAGAAAGCCCGCCUGCCGCCAAGAUACAUGAAGCCAGGAACCAGUCGGAGAAGGCGAAAGAAAAAAAAAUGUAAGGAAACUGCGCGACAACUAAACAAAACCGGAUCUAGCAGAGCAGUCGCGUAAUAUUUUUUCUCUACUAACCAUCAAAAAGGAAGAAAAAUCCCCGAAGAGAUUUCUAUUGGAAUUGACGCGUUCGACGAAUGUUAUUGUUAAUUUUUCAUUCUCUAAAUUCGGAGAAAGUCGUUCUUUGAAUUUCACAAAUUGUUAGUUGCUGUCAGGCCGUCACGAGCCAGUAGGCUAAUGCCGGAACAACAUCAACCAAAUCCUGGAACCAGGGAGCAGUAAAGAAGCAGUUCAACUACAACGGCGCCACUGCUAAUUACAAGAAUAUUAGUUACACCCCAAAUCAAUCAACCAGUAGCAGCAGCAACGGCAAAAAAGGCAGCACCAUGUGGGGUGCGUCGAACGGUUCCGGUGGGGGAGGUUCCCAAUCAGGGGCCACCAAAACUCUCGGCAUGACCUCGGCCAUCAGCCUGGCGGAACCGAAACCGGAAGACAUCCAGAAAACGACCGAGCUGGGCAAAGCGCUGGAACCGUACAAUGUUUUCGAGCAGGAAUCGGAACUGAACCACCGGAUGGAGAUUCUGGCCAAGCUGAAUACGCUUGUGAAGCAGUGGGUCAAGGAUGUCUCGAUCGCCAAGAAUAUGCCGGAGGCCCUGGCCGAGAAACUGGGAGGAAAGAUUUAUACUUUCGGUUCGUAUCGAUUGGGAGUGCAUCACAAGGGUGCCGAUAUUGACGCGCUGUGUGUAGCCCCGAGAAAUAUCGAACGAUCUGACUACUUUGGUUCGUUUUUCGAACUACUGAAGAAGCAGCCGGAGGUCACGGAAUGUCGAGCCGUGGAGGAAGCCUUCGUGCCGGUUAUCAAGAUGAACUUCGAUGGCAUUGAGAUUGAUUUGUUGUUCGCACGACUAGCGUUGAAAGAGAUACCGGACGAUUUUGAUCUGCGUGACGAUAUGCUGCUUAAGAAUCUGGACCCCAAAUCGGUGCGCAGCUUGAACGGAUGUCGUGUAACGGACGAGAUCCUGCGCCUAGUGCCGAACAUUGACAACUUUCGAUUAGCGUUAAGAUCGAUCAAGCUGUGGGCUAAAAAACAUGGAAUAUAUUCCAAUUCGUUGGGCUAUUUCGGUGGCGUUUCGUGGGCCAUGUUAGUAGCUCGCACCUGUCAGCUUUACCCGAAUGCCGUUGCGGCAACAUUGGUUCACAAAUUUUUCCUGGUAUUCUCACGCUGGAAGUGGCCACAGCCAGUGCUGCUGAAGCAACCUGACAAUGUCAAUUUGAACUUUCCGGUGUGGGACCCACGGGUAAAUGUGCAGGAUCGAUUCCAUCUGAUGCCGAUCAUUACCCCGGCGUAUCCACAACAGAAUUCUACCUUCAAUGUGUCAAGCUCGACGCGUAAGGUGAUGAUGCAGGAGUUCAAUCGAGGCAUGCAGAUCACCGAUGAGAUAAUGCUUGGAAAGGCUAGCUGGGAUAAGCUGUUCGAGGCGCCCAGUUUCUUCUUCCGGUACAGGCACUUUAUCGUGUUGUUGGUCAGUUCGAAUAACGCUGACGACCAUCUGGAGUGGUGUGGGCUGGUGGAGUCGAAAAUUCGUUAUUUGAUCUUGAACCUGGAACGCAACCAGCACAUCCAGCUGGCACACGUCAAUCCCAAAUGUUUCGAACAACAUGAACAAAAUCAAACCGAACGUCAGAAGGAGCACGAAAUUGGGAAAACUUCUACUCUAUGCUCGCUAUGGUUUAUAGGGCUGGAGUUCGAACGCUCCGAUAAUUUGAACGUAGAUCUCACCGAUAGCAUACAGAGUUUUACCGAUUCGGUUCACAAACAUGCGGUCCAUAUCAAGCUUCUUAAGGACGGUAUGAAAAUCGAGGCUCGCCACGUUCGGCGGAAGCAGCUCAACCAGUACCUGGACAGUAAUCUGCUCAAGCGGGAACGGAAAAAUUCGGACUCUGGACUGUCGGCUAGCUCGCUGACUUCAGCGGCUGUGGCCGCAGCAGCAGCAGCCGCCGUCGCUGGCAACAACACCCCCAGCAAGAAGCGCCAAUCUUCGGAAGCGUUGCCGGGCAACGCCACUAAAAAGGGUCGCAAUGAUUCCUUGGACCAUUCUCCGACACAUUCAUCCUCACAGUCUUCGUCGUCGCAAUCGUCCACCUCCGGAACGGCUGCGGCAGCUCUGGCCAACAACACUUCAGUGGGGUCGUCUUCGUUGAACAAUAGCAGCAGCAACAACGCCGCAAUCAGCAGCACCCUCUCUCUGGACGAGUCGUCAUCGGAAACUACUUCCACGACACCAACAACAACGACGGCAACGGCAACUCCGGGAACGGGAACUGGAGGAUCGCCACCAGCUGCCGCCCCACAACAGACGACCGCCACCGAAGUGGUGUGCUCUUGACAGUCUAAUCCGUUCCGGAAGGUUAACAAUUGCCACCACAGUAGCCACUAUAAUCCAACGACCAUCCAUAACAACAACAACCACAUUCACCAUAACCAUCAUAGUCUGGCUGCCACGUCGCCGCACAGCCGAAUGACCGUGAAUCAAAGCUUUCUCGUACCCGCCGGCGGCGGUUACAACUAUAGCAAGAGUUCGAUUGCACCAAUCACUACUAUCGGGGGAAAUAGUAGCAUUAGUAGCAAGCCCGUAGAUGCACCCGGACUCGUAGUCGGUGAGCUGAUUCCCACCAUCACUACCAGCUUGAAUGGUAACGGCGGAAUCGGAUCAGCACCAACGGCGGACGAGGAGAGCGGUGGCUUUGUGCGGGUGGUGCAGUUGACGGAAGUACCAUCAACCUAAAUUUAUUCGAACCACAGCUGCUGAAUGAAUGGUACGGGACUUGAAAAAAGCGGAUUAGAUUGCAACUUUGAAGGGCACAUUGUCAACCACAUCCAACAACAGACUUUGUAAUGUUAAAUAGCGAAAGUACACAGACUACUACUACUCACCACAAACACACACACAAAUAUACAUACAUACUUUCACCUAUACACAUAUGCAGACAUAAACAACAUUCUCGUUUAGGAAUCUUCAAACCAUCGGAAGUGUGACAGAGAGAAAGGUCAUAGAAAACGAAAGCAAAACAUAAAGUGAAAAGUCGAACUUGGCCGCCGAAUACAUAGAAAGUGAAUUCAGUUUAGAACCUACACAUGGUAUGCAGUAGGAAGCAAACUGAACAAAUGUUAAACAUACAUACCCUUUCAAAAGGCUCCGACUAGGCGGAUUAUUUUUUAGCAUAAGAGGUCCCGAGCAAAGCAAACCGAUUCAUUCGACGAUUUAAAUGAAAUCGACCAUUAUUCGAUGAGUAUAAAACAAGAAAACAGAAGAAGAACAAACAAGAAUGUAAACAGUAAUAGGGGAAAGUUUCCCCCUGUGCAGAACAAGAUUUAACUCUUAAACUGAAGUUGAAACAGAACUACGCGAUACGUGUAAAUCAUAAUUGAAAAUGUAAAUAAUUUCAUUGAAAAAGAUAACCAGAACCAUAUGAAAAUAAUAAAAAGGAGAAGAAAACAUUUAAAAAAAACAUGUAAGGUAGCAGACAGAGAGAAAUAACUUUUACGUGCGGUAUAUUAGCGAGUCGCUCUAAAAAUAGAUGAACCAAGACUUAUAUUACUAUACUUUAUAAAAUAUCUUAUUUAUAGCUCUCAUAAAUGGGUUGGCUUAUAGCACAAUGAAUGAGAGUCCCACUUUUUUUUUUGAGUAAGAAUUACAAAUCUUCGCGUUCUUCGAUAAUUGGGGAACACCUUCCCCUUUUGCUCGAGGAAUGACGAAAGCUGUGUUUCUCAUUUUUAUAUAAACACGAGACGAAGCAGCUUUUCUUAGUUUUUAACGUUUUUUUUUUCUUCUUUCGUUGAACAUUUAUAUCAGCUUUUUGAUCGCAUCUUUUUUAUAAUCACUUAUAAUCAGAGAGAAAAAAAACAUCCAGGCAGAGUAGUUUCUAUUCCGAAAUUUAGAACUCAACACAGAAAAGUGCAAUCGCAAUUGGUAAUGAAAAAGUAAGAAAAAUUUUCUCAUAAAAUCUACAUCAGUUGGAAUAAAAGCUUUCCUAGAAAAUUUGGUAAAACGUGAAUAAAAAAAAAAAUCGCUAGAGAGAAAAUUUUGAUGUUUCUGAUAGCAGAAAGACACUUGUUAGUAAAAAAAAAACUCAACAGACACAUAUGACAUACACUGACAAAAGUUUUAUGAAUAAAUGCAUCUAUAAAGAUAGGGAAGUUUUUGUGGAUUCGUUUAUCGCUAAAAAAAUAAUAACAUAGUAAAAAAGAUCAAAUAUCAUACAAGAAAUAAACAGUAUAUCAACAUUCUGAAGGGGAAUUGUAGGGGUGAUUUCUGGAAGUAAAAAUGAACUACCCGAGUGAAAAAAACAAGAAAAUUGAAGAUUGUAAAUAAAACAUAACUUCUUUAUUAUAUACUGAUUGGCAGAUCUAUAAAAACAUAAACCUUUAAUCGGAAUUAGAAAGCUAACUUCAUAGUUUCAUCUGGAGCGGAUACCAUUCUGAGAUAAACAGGAAGAUGAAGAGGGGGGAUCAGGAGAGUAUGAUACUGGUGGAGCAAAAUGAGUGGAUGCAUAUUAGUCGUUUCUUUCCAAUCGAUUCUUAACACUUAAUUUACUUUUAAAAAAUAUGGGGAAAAUACAGAACAUUGAAUAUGGAAAAAAAAGAAAAAAAAUUAGUAGUAUGUGACUCUGAAAUCUUUACAUCCCUGCUUGCAAGGAUAAAAAUGGUUUUUAACCACUCAAAAAAUUCCUUUCAAAAUUUUUACUAAGAAGGUUUAAAAAAAUAAUGAAAAAAAAUACUAAGAUGGAAGAAUAAAUAAAUAGCAUCUUAUAAUCCUACCUAAUUGUUUGAUUUUAUAAUCGGUAGUGUAGCGUUUCUUUUCUUUAUUUGAAUAUCUCCACAAUGCAUUCACCAGCGAUCGAGAAUGGGUUUAUACCUUUAAAUGGAUUAUAAAUAUUUACAGCAAAAAAAAUCAAUUGGUACAUGCCAGUAUUGAACAAAAAAUGUCCAACAAAUAUGAGUAAAAAAACAAAAUAAACAAAUGUUCGUUCAAUUUAAUGUUCGAAAGUUACACAUAAUGAAUAAUGAAAUUCCUCAAAAUAGAGAGAGAGAAACACAAAAAUAGAGCAAACGGUUUGCCAGGCGUUUUUUUUUUGUAUGUAUGAAGAACAACCCAAAAUUAUGUGAAAAAAAAAACAAAAAUGUUCCCAGCGAUUGUCGUUGGCCAAAGGGCAGGUGGUGGAGCUAAAAAAAAGAAAAUGAAAAAAAAUAU